GGCCGAUAGGAGCCCCCCGCCGCCGCCUCGGGCCAUGAGCGGGCAGCGGCGCCUCCGCGGGGGCUGAGCGGGGGCCGUGCCGUGCCGGGCCGUGCCGUGCAUGCCGGCGGGGCGCGUCCCGCGGCGGGGCAGCCCCGCGCCCCCCGCGCCGCCCCGCAGCCCCCGCCGAGCCGCGAUGCCGGCGGCGGGGCGCGGGCAGCCCAGCCCCUGGCUGCUGGUGCUGGGCGCCGCCGCCCCCGCGCUCUGGCUGCGCUGCGUCCUCGCCGACUUCACGGUGGACAACGAGGUGCACUCCAGCUUCAUCCACCGGCGGCUGCGCGGCCCCGAGCGCCGCGAGAUGCAGCGGGAGAUCCUCUCCAUCCUCGGCCUGCCGCACCGCCCGCGGCCCCACCUCCACGGCAAGCACAACUCGGCCCCCAUGUUCAUGCUGGACCUCUACAAUGCCAUGUCCGUGGAGGAGGGGGCGGCGGGGGCCGCCGCCGAGGACGGCGAGGGCUUCUCCUACCCCUACAAGCCCAUCUUCAGCACCCAGGGGCCGCCCCUGGCCAGCCUGCAGGACAGCAACUUCCUCACCGAGGCUGACAUGGUCAUGAGCUUCGUCAACUUGGUGGAGCAUGACAGAGAGUUUCACCAUCAGCGCUGCCACUACCGAGAGUUCAGGUUUGAUCUCUCCAGAAUCCCAGAGGGGGAAGCGGUGACGGCUGCCGAGUUCCGGAUAUACAAGGAUUACAUCCGCGAACGCUUCGACAACGAAACCUUCCAGAUUAGCGUCUACCAGGUCCUCCAGGAGCACCCGGGAAGGGAUUCAGAUUUGUUCCUGCUCGACUCUCGAACGAUCUGGGCUGCAGAGGAAGGGUGGCUGGUGUUUGACAUUACUGCAACCAGCAAUCACUGGGUGGUGAAUCCCCAACACAACCUUGGCCUACAGCUCUCCGUGGAAGGCACUGAUGGGCAAAGCAUCAACCCCAAGCUGGCGGGUCUCAUCGGAAGGCACGGCCCUCAGAACAAGCAGCCCUUCACUGUCGCCUUCUUCAAAGCCACCGAGGUCCAUCUCCGCAGUAUUCGCUCCACGGGAGGGAAGCAGAGGAGCCAGAAUCGAUCCAAAACGCCAAAGAACCAGGAAGCUUUCCGGGUGUCAAACAUUGCAGAGAACAGCAGCAGUGACCAGAGACAGGCCUGCAAGAAGCACGAGCUCUACGUCAGCUUCAGGGACCUGGGGUGGCAGGACUGGAUCAUCGCUCCGGAGGGCUACGCUGCCUAUUACUGUGAAGGAGAAUGUGCUUUCCCAUUGAACUCAUACAUGAAUGCUACAAACCAUGCCAUUGUACAGACACUGGUUCACUUUAUAAACCCAGAGACUGUGCCGAAACCCUGCUGUGCUCCUACACAACUCAAUGCCAUCUCAGUGCUCUACUUUGAUGACAGCUCCAAUGUUAUCUUAAAAAAAUACAGGAACAUGGUGGUACGGGCAUGUGGCUGUCAUUAGACUUGUAGGAAAGAAAAAGAAGGAAGAAAAAAGUUAUUUGUAAAGAGUGGGUUUGUAUGGCUAUGUGGGGGAGGGGAAAAUUUUAGCGCUCCAGCCAUGGGUUUAAAAAAAAUCCCAAACAGUUUUUAGGACCAGGCCUCUGAAAGAUCAGACAAUGGAACAGUUUCUGGAUCUAAAGUGGCAUUUGAACACAUUUUGUUUUAGUUUAUUGCAGACAAUGAGCUUGUAAACUGAAACAAGCCAGAGAAACUGUUUAAAACCUAAUCUGCCUACAAAAUUGGCUCCUACAAUACAUACUUUUGCAGAUGAGUCUUUCUGAAGAUUGCAAACUCACCAGUGUUGAUUGUGAGUUAAACAGUAAUAAUCUAUCUGAGGUGAGACUGUGCUGUGACUAACAAGUGUGUGUAGUUCCUGUAACACAGUUUGCAAUAAAAUAACUGAACAAAAUA